UCGGAAUAGCUCAUAAAGAGCGGAUCUCAACAGUCGGCAGAUAUCGAAGUGUGUUUUUUUUUCAUUCCUCUAAAAUGUUGACGGUGUGGCGCAAGUCCUCGCUGCCACUAGGCAGAUUGAUGAUAAUCAUUUUUCUUUCCGUCUUGGACGCUUGUCAUUUAUGCCGGGCGAUCGAGGUGCCAACGAACUGCGUUCAGCACACGGACAUUACUGGGACAUUCGAUCAGUACUACGAGUUGGACAAAAUCGGAAAUCGACGGUCGGAUGCGGUUCCGGUGGAUUUCUACAUGUAUAUUGAAGUGAGAAACUUUCAGGAGGAAAUAGCGAUUCUGCUGUCUAGUCAAGAUCGGUCCAACGAAUAUCCGGACUUUGCUCGUACAUAUGAAAUUAGGAUUGGCAACGUGUACACGGUGAUAUACCGAGAAACACUCAAAAUGCAAUCGUAUCAUACAUCUAAGACGGGGCGGGCUCCAAAUGGCCCCAAGGUAACGGAGAAUCAGUGCGGAUGUGGUGAAUCACCUCCGGAUUGUGUAGAGCCCAAAUUGUUCCCAGGGAAUAAAUUCAAGAUCCACUUCCGAUUGCUACGGGAAGGGAAUAUCACCAUCACAAUUGACGAUAACGUCCAGAAACCGUUGCUGAACGUUUUUGAUGAUCACGGAGCGCUGGGUGUGCGGUACAUCAGUUUUGCAUCACGCUACAAUGCGCAUCCGAUAACGUUUCAUUUUGGUUGUGUUCCGGAACUGCCAACUACCGCCGGCCCGAUGGCGGAAGCACUCACCGGUUGUCCGGUUUGUCCAAAACAGAAGUGUGAAGUGGUUGUGAAGGCAUGUGCCGAUAAUAGCAAAGAUGCUUCAGCAACGGACCCGGAAAAAGAGAAGUACUAUUUUUAUUUCCAUAUGUAUUUGAGCAAAAACAAGGGAAAAGGUGUGCAGCCAGAGAGCAACAUAUUGGAGCAAAUUCUUAACUAAUUCAUAUUGAUGAUUUUGCUGACGGUUUUGUAUUAUUUGUUUCCAACGUAUAUUUUAAGUAUCAUUAUAAUUUGAUAUUUCAUGUAU